AUGUCCACUGACAAGAUCACCUUUUUGACCAACUGGAACCUGGCGAGUCUGUUGGCUAAGUAUUUCUUUCUUCUCAAACAAAAAAGGCACGCCACCCCGUACCACGCCCCGCUGUAUCUCGCUCAGUCUCGAGGUUACUUCAAAGACGAGGGUCUCAAGGUCGCCCUUCUCGAACCGAAUGACCCGUCCGAUGUCACCGAGAUCAUUGGCAGUGGCAAGGUCGACAUGGGAUUCAAGGCUAUGAUCCAUACCUUGGCUGCCAAAGCCCGAAACUUCCCUGUGACUUCGAUCGGGUCUCUGCUGGAUGAGCCCUUCACGGGCGUUGUUUACCUCAAGUCGUCCGGAAUCACCACCGAUUUCCGGACUCUCAAGGAUAAACGGAUCGGCUACGUCGGCGAGUUCGGCAAGAUCCAAAUCGAUGAACUCACCAAGUACUAUGGCAUGACUGCGGAUGACUACACCGCUGUUCGCUGCGGUAUGAAUGUCACCAAGGCCAUCAUCCGUGGAGAAAUCGAUGCUGGUAUCGGUCUGGAGAACGUCCAAAUGGUCGAGCUGGAAGAAUGGCUCGCCGGCCAGAAUCGUCCUCGCGACGAUGUCCAGAUGCUCCGCAUCGACCAGCUUGCCGAGCUGGGCUGCUGCUGUUUCUGUUCCAUCCUGUACAUUGCCAACGACUCCUUCCUGGCGGCGAACCAGGAAAAAGUCGGCAAAUUCAUGCGUGCAGUGAAGCGCGCUACGGAUGCCGUGAUUGCCGAUCCUGCCGGCACCUACGAGGAAUACGUCGAUUUCAAGCCUAUCAUGGGAACCCCGGUGAACCGAAAGAUCUUUGAGCGCUCGUAUGCGUAUUUCAGCCGUGACCUGAAGAAUGUCAAUCGUGACUGGGAGAAGGUCACGCGCUAUGGAAAGCGUCUUGGUGUUCUGCCGGAUGGGUUUGAGGCGAACUACACGAACGAGUACCUGUCCUGGGGUCUGGACGCGGACUCGACUGAUCCCCUUGGGGACCAGAAGCGCAUGGCUGCGUUGCAGAAGGAGGUUGCCGAGAAGGGUGGCUUCAAGCGGUUGGAGGUUUCGGCCUCUGCUUAA